UGAAAUCGUGCAAGUGUUGUCUCAUGAUGUCUUUUCAGUGUUAGUGGCAAAUGGCUGCCGUACAUACAAGACUAUUAAAUAUAUACCCCGAAUCGUUAGUUAGAUACUUUACAAUCCGUCAAUAAUUACCUCAACAAUUACCACUAUGUGAUGGAAUAAACUAAAAGUUAUAAAAAAGUGCGCUGAUAAAUGAUUAUUAAGUAAAAAAAAAGUUGAGCAUCCCUUCCCCGGUGACAGUGGAAAGAAAUGAGUAUUGAGAAAAUAAGCCCGGUGAUGAAAUCUGUGUCCGAGGGCGAGCUGGGUGUGGGAGAGGUUAUACCCGAGACUAAAAAUCGCGAUACUAAUUCCCAAUUAAAGCGAACACUUACAUUAACUAAAAAUCAAUUUCAGAACGCAACCAGGAUGUCUCGUCGGAAGUUUAAGUUGCGUGAUUCCAAGGACGGCUCCAACAUAAAUAAUGUGACAAGUGCGCGGGAAAAUACCCGCAAUAAUACUUCUAUCCAGGUAGAGAUUAAUAGUCAGAUUAAAAUUACAGAUGGUAAUUUAAAUUAUCCGGAUAGGCAUCACACCAACAAAAAGAUAUUCCGUCCGCCUUCUUUGAAGAAAAUAAUCAAUAAGAUGGUCCAGCGUAUGUCUAAUGUCGGUGUGCAGAAUCACAAAGUUCCCAGGCACGACGAGUUCAAGUCCAGUGUCAACGAUAUUCGUGUUCCACCUCCUAGACCGGCCCAUAUUCCCCCAGAUCGUGUUCCUGGAGUGAUUGGCCUGAGAAAUCAUGGUAACACGUGCUUCAUGAAUGCUGUUCUUCAGUGUCUCUCCCACACUGACAUCCUGGCUGAGUAUUUCGUCCUGGACCAGUACAAGGAAGAUCUCUCGAGAAGAAAUAAACUUAACUCGAAGAAAUAUGGCACCAAGGGCGAAAUCACAGAGCAAUUAGCGCUACUCUUAAAGGCAAUAUGGAGCUGUCAAUACGAUCCUGAAAUGAGCACUGCUUUCAAGAGUGUUGUUGAUAAAUAUGGUAGUCAGUACCGAGGCAAUUUGCAGCAUGACGCUCAGGAAUUUCUUCUUUGGCUACUGGAUAAAGUUCACGAGGACCUCAAUCAGGCUACUAAGAAGAAAUACAAGAUUAUUAAGAAUUCCUUUGGUCGACCAGAUGAGCAAGUAGCUUACGAGACGCUAGCAAACCAUGAGAGGUGCAAUCACUCGUUUGUCCAUGCAAUAUUCCAGGCGCAAUUUCGUUCAAGCCUAACAUGCCCAAGUUGUCGCCGACAAUCCAACACAUUCGACCCUUUUCUUUGCGUCUCAGUCCCAGUUCCUCAGCAGCACCGUCAAAUAAAUUUGUACGUCAAUGUUUUGUACACUUCGCAACAGCCUCGGCAAGUUAGAAUCGGGGUCAGUGCUAAUCAAAUGGCGAAUGUUAAAGAGCUGAGGGAGAUCCUAGCUAGUGAUACCGGCAUUGACGAGAGCCACAUGCUGCUUACUGAAGUCCACGAUGAAGGCUUCCAUCGAACUUUUUCCGACUGUCAGCCGCUGUCAGUAAUAACUGAGAACGACCCUUUAUAUUGCAUAGAGCUGCCACAGUUAAAAGAGCCAACCGAGCAAGCAUACAUCUUGCUGGUCUGGGUGAAUGUCCUAGUAAAAGGAGACCUGAAAGAGCGGUUCGGCAGCCCUUAUACAAUGCAAGUAUCCCGCGAAACCUCCUACGAAGACUUACAGAAGCUCCUUUUAAAAGAAAUGCACACCUUGCUCACCGACGACGUGCUAACUUCAAGCCAGAGUUCCGGACUGUUCAACAUCCGCGUGGCAGAUCCAGCAGCGACUCCAGUCCAAGACGAGCACCCUUGCAUAGAUCCCUGUGUCGAACACCCCCUCUACACGGAGCAAAUCGAGCAAGCGUUGGCCCUCUGCGCUGAUGAUUCUGGUCCCCAACACGUAAAGCUGAUCCUCGAGUGGGAUGAAGCUACCAAAGUCAGUAUCAUUAACGACGACACAGAUCAGAUUGAAGAGCACGCGAGUGUUAAACAGCUUAAAACUACUGCGGAGCUAGGAGGCGCUGUUACUCUAGAAGAGUGCUUUGAGUUGUACACUCGCGAGGAAAUUCUAGGCGCUGAGGAUGCUUGGCAUUGUCCUUCUUGCAAUAAGAAGCAGGAAGUUGUUAAAAAACUCGGACUUUGGUCGCUUCCUGACAUACUGGUGAUUCAUCUGAAGCGAUUCCGUCAGCAAGGGAAACAACAGUCGACUUCAAAGUUGACAAUGUUGGUAGACUUUCCUUUAUUUGGGUUCGAUAUGACUCCACACUUAGCCCACGGUGGCAUCCAGAAUCACACCAACAAUGCAACUCUGGGAAGUCUUGGAUGGUCGCCGUGGAAAAAACCGAGAACGAGACAGCACAGUGCUCCGAUAAAAUAUGAAGAUAAUGUAUACGACCUCUACGCUAUUUGCAAUCACCACGGGCAAGAUCUUCAAGGAGGUCAUUACACGGCCUUCUGUAAAAAUCCGUAUGAUAGUCAGUGGUACUGCUUUGAUGACACCCGCGUAGAAGGUAUUACCGAGACUGGCCUGGUUACUAAUUCGGCCUACAUGUUGUUCUACCAACGGCGAAGUAGUAAUUCAACGGGGAAUUCUUCAGCUGCCUCGACGAGCUCCACUGGCUCUGGGCUAGACCACUGGGUUUCUAGAAUGCCGCCUUUUAAUUAUAAUAACAAGAACUCGGUUAACUUUUCUAAUAAUAAGCAAAGCAAGUCACAGGAAAUUCUGUGUCAAGAUAAAAUUGUUGAGGAGAAAAAUAUUAAUAACUUUAAUAGAGGGUGUAGGAAUUACACUACUCUUCAGCCCCAGAAGAGAAAUGUCGCGACGGAAACUGAAACUGGGGAGAUUGAUCACUAUUCGGAUGAUGAAGCUCCUUUAAGGCGAGAAUGGGCCUCACCAAAACCAAUAAGAAAGACGUCAUCAAUAACAUUGACAGCGAACCAGCCUGCAAUUAACCACAUCAAUACUGUGGUGAUUACUUCAACCAACGAUUCGGAGACUGCAGUAAUCCACGAAUCGACUUUGUAACGGACAAUUUGAGCCAGAUGAAAUUCUGGCUACCUCACAUGGAUGCGGGAUUUAUUAAACGGUUUAUUAAUGUGCAGAAAGAUAAACAAUUCCAACGAAUUUUGUAUUUGCUAGUAGUUGUUUAGAAUAUUUUAAUACUUGAGAUCCAAAUAUUUACGCUGAUAAACAAUUAAUUGAGCGGGUUAUGCGUUAAGAAUGUGUGUAAAUAAAUGUUAUGAUCUGGUAUUUGACAACGCAAGUCCGUGACAAUAAGCAAAUACGUUGAUAAACUUUUAAAUCUAAUGUGAGUGAAUAUAAGUAUGAGUAUGUUAUUAUACUUUUAUUAUUACUAUUACUAUUAUUAUUAUUAAUAUUGAUAUAAAUUUGUUUAUGUGAGAAUUUUCCAACAUAUUUGACUGUGAAUUAAUGAUAAACGCGUUUAGUAUUGAGCCGCGGUUUAUAGUUAUAAAUUGAUAUAAAAAAAAAGCAGCUCGAUUUUAUUAUUAACUGACAAAAUCGCCGCGGCGCUUUUAGACAUUUAACAUUUAUAUAAUGUAUUUAUAUCACCUACCAUACUAGUGGCCUUACUCUAUCAAAUAAUAUUUUUAAAAAUUAUUAUUAUUAUUAUUUAAGGUGUUUAAUAAAUAUAUACGUACAUAUAUAGAUAUAUAUGGGGUAAUCCAUACCAAAUCGACCAAUUUUGAACUCGGCCCCUUUUAUUUAGAUUUAGCUGAGACUUUAUCAUUAUUUUCAAACCUUUAAAAAACAUUUUUG